GCGCGAGCAAAGGUCAGCGUGCCCAAAGGUCACCCCCCCCCCCACCGGCAGGGCGUCCUGGCUCGACGCGGGAGAGGAAACUGGCAGUGCUGGCGAGAGGUCGCGCGGCGAAGGCUCUGCCCGGAGGACGAGUCUGCUGAGGCUUCAUGGCGUCGCCGCAGAGACUGGUGUGGGCGCAGGCGGUGCUGGGGCUGGCGGCGGCCUUCAACCUGAACGCCCACCUCGCCCGCGUGCUCACAGGCCCCGAGGGCACGCACUUCGGGUACGCCGUGGCUCUCUGGGCGGACCGCAACGAUAGCCUCAGUCUGGUCGUGGGCGCCCCCCGUGCCGCCAGCCCCGCCAACGGCUCCCUCCCCCUGGGCAGGAUCCACGUGUGCCCGCCCUUCGGCGACCAGUGCCCGCCCGAUGCCCUGGCGCCCCUCCCCACGCAGCAGGGCGAGACGGAGGCGGCCGUGCGGUCAAGUCACGUCCUGUCGGCUCAAGGCACCGGCUUCGGGGAGACGCUGUUCGCCGCGGACCGCCGGCGCUCCAUGCUGCUGGCGUGUGCGCCGCGGUUUCUGAUGCGGCCGCACCCGGACUCUCUGCACAGCCGCGGCGCCUGCGUGGUGGUCGAGGAGGCGGCCGCACCCCCGCACGCGGCGCUCUCCAUCGUGCCCUUCAGAGCCCACUACUUCCGCGUGGGCGGCGGCCCCCGGAAGAACAACCACCGCUACACCGGCUUCGGGAUGGCGGGCUUCAGCGCCGCCCUCGACGCGGCCCAGGACAGCGUGUUCCUGGGCGGCCCCUACGCCUUCUUCGGACAAGGGGUCGUCGCGAGGUCUUCGGCCCGCGGGCGCGCGGAGGAGGCCCUGAGCCGCGCCAACUUCGGGCCGCCCGCGCUGGACUUCUCGGGCGAGGGCUGGGCCACCGUGCUGGGCCGCUUCGAUGGCCUCACGGAGAUGGUGGCCACGUCGGCGCCCAACGCAGACCACGCCCGCGGCUCGAUCGCGUUCUACGAGGCGGCGAGCCUGCGGCCGGCGACGGUGCCGCGGCUGGCGGGUUCCGGCCUCGCCUCCAAGUUCGGCUUCAGCCUGGCGGCAGGCGACUGGGACGGCGACGGCGCCACGGACCUAGCGGCGGGCGCGCCGCUCGCCCACGACGGCAAGGGCGCGCCCGAUGCCGGGGCUGUCUACGUGUACUACGCCCCCGCCAAGACGGUGUCGCCGAGGCCAGCGCUCGAGGUCCAAGGGCGCACCGCGUGGGCGCGCUUCGGCCACGCCCUCGCCUGCUUGGGAGACAUCGACAGAGACGGCUUCGACGACCUGGCUGUGGGCGCGCCCUUCGACGGCGACGGCGGCAGCGUGCAUGUGUUCCACGGGCGCCGCGAGGGGCUGGGCGCCGAGCCGACCCAGGUCCUCCGAGCGUCCGAUUUCGACGGCGCUCUUCGCGGCUUCGGCUUCAGCAUCGACGGCGGUAUUGACAUGGACAACAACGCUCAUCCAGGCCUUACUAGUUCACGAAGAAAAAAAGAGGUGAAUUUUCUCCAUUCGGGCGGGCUGGGGGUACCCUUCGACGACCCGGUAUGGCGGAGCGCUGAUGCACCGGAAAGGAGGCGAGUUCUGCAUGAGAGCCAUGUCCUAGGCCUCGUCUCUCUGCUCCUCCUCUUGCCAGGGGGCCGCACUGCACGUCAGCUUUGCCGUCGCUACGACUUUGCCUUUGCGCUCGAACUCGACGUCACAGCCCACAGCACAUCGACGGACGACAGCAUCGCCGUGACCUUCUUGGGCCUCUUGCCAGGGAAGGCCUCUGCCUCGGAGGCCGACGGCCGUGAGCUCGAUCCUCGCAAAGCCAAGCGGGAGAGGCUCACGCGCGGGCGCAGUGAUGCGAUGCCACAGGGCGAGAGCCAAGACGAGUGCCACAGCGAGGAAAGGAGCCUGGGCGAGAUGGCCAAGGCCUUGGAGGCACUGCUGUGGGAUCUCCCGCAGUCCCGCUGA